GUGCCGGAAUCCGUGUUAUUGUUUUGGUCCGUGUGGCCACGCCCACUGCCGGGUUGCCAGUUCGCGGAAAAACACAGUUGCAAUCAUGGAAGCCAGUGAACGAUCUUUCUCAGAGAUAGCAGAUUCAACUCGUCCUAAACAGCCCAGGCAUCCAUCUAAAAAACGCUAUGACCUGAAUUACAAUAAAAAGCGCAUAAAUAUCGGAGAUGCGUUUGAGAGAUGGAAACAGCUUAAAGCCCAGCAAGACUUCAAAAAGAAUUCAGAGUUGGCUGGUUUUCUCCUGGACAGAUACGAGGGUAAAAACACCCCUAUUGCUGGUAAACGUCGUAAGCGUCCAUCGAAGGCUCCUGCACAGCCCACUUAUAAAGGUCCAACAACACUCGCUGAAUGUUAUGAUUGGGGAUCAGAUGAUGAUGAAGUGGAGGUGGAGGA